AUGACUACUAGCGAUGAAUAUGAACAGCAUGUACUAGUAACAGGUGGAGCCGGUUUUAUUGGGUCGCAUUGCUUGGAUUUCCUUGUAUCGAAAUAUCCUCAAUAUCAUUUUACGUGCAUGGAUUCAUUGAAUUAUGCGAGUGAGAAUAGUAAGAAACACCUUCAAAACGUUUUGGGGAAACCUAACUUUACCUUUAUAAAGAUCGAUUUGGUUACAGAAUAUUCAGCUCUCGAAAAGUUCAUUGUCGAUGACUUUCCAAAUACUCAAAUAACACAUAUUAUCAACUUCGCUGCGGAAUCAUGCGUUGAUCGCUCUUUUCAAAAUCCCAUCUUCUUUGUUAAAAAUAAUAUCCUUUGUGCUCAACAUCUUUUAGAAUGCUCUCGUCUCUUGCUUGAUCGGUAUCCUCAUCUUCAUCGUGAGUUUACUUUUUUACAUAUUUCGACGGAUGAGGUCUAUGGGGAACAGGGAGUCCAUGAAAACGCAAAAGAGAAUUCUGCAUUGAGACCAACUAAUCCUUAUGCUGCUUCGAAGGCCGCUACCGACUUGAUCGUUCAAUCGUAUUACUAUUCAUAUAAUCUUCCAGUCGUAAUGAUUCGUGCUAAUAACAUUUAUGGACCACGGCAACACAAUGAAAAACUGGUUCCUAUGACCAUUAAUAAGCUUCAUCUAUUUCUUCAGCAAAAAAAUCAUGAUGUUAUGUUGGAUAAAAUCACCAUCCACGGCGAUGGUUCGCAAAAGAGAAAAUAUUUGCAUGUGUAUGACUUCUUGACAGCUUUGGAUUUAGUUUGGAAAAAACAACGAAAAAAUGUAUCAGCCUCUUCAACUCCUCGUCCUGCGGGUCCGCAAGUCUUCAAUGUUGGAUCCGACGACGAAUUGGACAAUUACUCUCUUGUGAAACAUAUAUGUAACUGUUUUUUCAAGAAGAAAUUUCCCUCCAGAAAAUUUGAUGACUCCCAGUUCAUGGUAUUCGUAAAAAACAGAAAUUAUAAUGAUGCAAGAUAUUCCUUAAAUUAUGAUAAAAUCAAGCAAAUUGGCUGGAUGCCUCAAAUCUCUCUUGAUCAGGGCAUCAAUGAACUUAUUAACGAUACUUUCGAAUAG